CAACCGUGUAUGAUGUCGACGUCAACAAAUGCCGAAAUGACUUUUUCUUAAUACAUGUAAAGUGUUUUCCACAUUAAGUGUUUCAUAUUCUUCAGUAUCUUUACCGAUGUGAUUUUUUCUUCUUUUCGGAUUUACAAGUUUCCAUUUUCAUUGUAAUGGCUGAUGCUGAAAGUAAAGAGGAUUUUGUAGCCAUUAAGAUGGACAUUAAAGUAGUCGAAAAUUUAUACAUGGGUGUUCAAAAAAUGAUGAAGUGGGUAUCUUUAGUAGCACUCACAGUGCAAAAUGCAUCUUUAAACUUGCUGAUGAGAAUGGCUCGCACCCAAGAAGUAUUAUUUGUAUCCAGUACUGCAGUUGUAAUAGCUGAGAUACUUAAACUUUUAUUUUCAUUAGUUAUGGUUGGAGCAGUUGAUGAAGGAAGUAUCAAGAAGUUACUAAUAGCUCUGAAAAAAACUGUUAUUAGUCAACCCUUAGAUACUUUUAAGGUUGCUAUUCCAUCAUUAGUUUAUACUGUGCAGAAUAAUUUGUUAUAUGUAGGUGCUACACAUCUAGAUGCAGCAACAUGUCAGGUCACAUACCAACUGAAAAUAUUGACUACUGCAUUAUUUUCUGUCGUUAUGUUGAAGAGGCGCUUAAGCAUGUACCAGUGGAUUGCCCUUUUUUUAUUAUUUAUUGGUGUUGCACUUGUACAGCUUGCACAGUUGACUACAGCUAAAACAUCAAACUCUACUCACACACAGAAACCUUUAGUUGGUUUUUUUGCAAUUGUGAUAGCAUGCUGUUUAUCUGGUUUUGCUGGAGUAUAUUUUGAAAAAAUACUUAAAGGUAGUGAAAUAACUGUUUGGAUGAGAAAUGUGCAAUUGUGUGUUACUUCAAUUCCUGUUGGCUUAUUCAUGGUUUAUGUUAUAGACUGGAAUGAAGUAUCUACUAAAGGGUUUUUUCAUGGUUAUAAUACUGUUGUCUGGUAUGUAAUUAUGUUGCAAGCAUUUGGUGGUUUGAUAGUUGCAGUUGUAGUAAGAUAUGCUGAUAAUAUACUUAAGGGCUUUUCUACUUCUUUGGCUAUUGUAUUGUCGUGUGUUAUUUCUGUAUAUGUAUUUAACUUUCAAUUAACUAGCAAAUUUGUAUGUGGAGCAUCACUUGUUAUAUGUUCAACAUUUUUAUAUAGUCGGUACCCACCAUCUGUUCCUGCUGUAUAUAAAAAAUGAUAAAAUUUACAUUAUUUCUAGUUGAAAAAAUAUGGAAUUUUACACAUCUUGCUUAUUUAUGUGCUUUUGAUUUUUUUUUUUUUUUUUUUUUUUUUUUUUAAUCUGAGAAUGGAUUACUGUUUGUUUAUAGGUCACAUAAUGUUUAUUUAGGGUAAUGCGGUCACAUAUUUUUAGUUGAUUUCAGUGUACAUGAAUUAAUUAUUUUUUGUACUCUUCUGUUAUCGGAACCAGAAUAAAAAAAAAUAUAUGAACGUGUGUAUAUAGACACACAUACAUAGUACGUACAUUGUACAUAUAUAUGCUUAAAUUUCUGAAUCUGGUCCUGAUAACAGAUUAGUACCUCCCCCCCCCCCCCCCCCAAAAAAAAAAAACAUAAGUUACCAUUUCAAGCUCUAAGUUACUCAUGAAUUCUGUUUAUAUCUAUGUAGACCUAACAUUUUAAGUAAAUAAAACAUAUUGAAACAAUAAUCCUUGAUGCCUGCAAAAUUAUAUCUGAUUCAAAAGUCAUGGAAGAAAGGCAAAACUGUUUCCUAUUACUCUGAAAUAUAAUAUUCAGUAACUUAUGCUGUUUCUGAAAUAAAUUUCAGAAUGGAAUAAUAUGGCUUAUUUGAAUAUCAAUAGCUUUUUAUAAAUGCCAGUAUAUGUGUGUGUGUAUAUAUAUAUAUGUAUAUAAUGAACGUUAAUACACAUCUUUGUUUCAACUGUGCCUUCAUUAAAUAAACUAAUUUAUUCAUUUUAUAUCUCACUAAUAACUAAUUUAUUCAUUUUACAUUACUUAAAAUAAUGUACGAAAACAUUGUCUUAUAAACUUUUUUGCAAGUGUAAUAUUUUAUCUUAUUCAUAAAAAUCUUCCUGUUUGUAUGCUGUAACAUUUUUUCCCUUGAAAUAACUACAUUUUCCCAUACACUUUUAAGAACCUCAUUAUAUCUGUGAAAAUGAAAAUAACAUUCCAGUACCAACUAUAUUCCAGAUUAUAAGAAAUAAUAAAUCAUAUUUUUUUUCA